CACGUAUUGUUUGCAUGAAACAUUGGUCAGCAUAUGCCCAGAAUUCGUCAUUGCAGUCAGUUGAUCUUGAUCGACAUUUCAUUUCAUCAGUAGCACCACGUAAAUUGACUUAAAUCAAUAUUAUCAUGUUUAGUUCAAUCAACAACGUUUAAAAGUCUGAUAUUAUCUGUUACUUGCGACAUCAUUCGUUUCUAAUUCCUUCAAAGUGUUGAAAGGAAUGAAACGUUGAAAUCUGAAUCUCCGACCGUGCAUUUGGUAGUCUUUCCGAGUUGAUUGUAAUUACAAAGAGAAAGAAAGCCAACCAUCCGUCAUCCGUCAUCUUGUGGGCGUGGCGUAACAUUUAUUCGCGACCCUACAUAAUCAAUCAGCAUUAUUCACUAUACCACGACAAACAGUCACUAACAAAAUGAAUACAGUUUUGGCUAUUCGUCAGUAUGUGGAUAAAAUGAUUCAAAAUAGUGGGCCCGGAAUGAAAAUACUAUUGAUGGAUGCGAAAACAACAGGAGUAAUUUCAAUGGUAUACUCUCAGUCGGAAAUUAUGCAGAAAGAAGUUUAUUUGUGCGACCGACUGGAUAACUUCAAAAAUCGGGAACCACUCCGUCAUCUCAAGUGCUUAACUUUUCUUCGUCCAACGGAAGAAAAUAUAAACCUACUUUCUCAGGAAUUGCGAGCACCUUUGUAUGGAUCCUAUUUUCUGCAUUGGAGCAAUGUCAUCUCAAAAUCAGAUGUCAAGCGCCUGGCUGAGGCAGACGAGCAAGAAGUUGUGCGAGAAAUUGUCGAAUAUUUUGCAGAUUACAUUCCAAUUAAUCCUCAUACAUUCAUUAGCAACAUUCCUCAUGGACCAAUCUUUACGGAGGUGGAUUUGAUAGAUGAUAAGACGGCGCAAAAUAUUGCGCUGGCUUUAAUGAGCUAUGUACUGUCAGUUAAAAAGGCACCUUUAAUCCGGUUCACGGAAUGGUCACUCCCUUGUCAAAAAAUUGCCGACAAAUUUUCCAACUUGAUGAAUAAAGAGUCAAAUCUUUUCGACUUUUCACAACGCCAAGGAAAACCUGUUUUACUUAUCCUAGACCGCAGAGACGAUUGUGUCACACCGCUCUUGAAUCAGUGGACUUAUCAGGCAAUGGUUCACGAACUAUUAACAAUCAAAAACCAUCGAGUUAGCCUUGCCGAUGCCCCAGAUAUACCAAAGGACUUUAAGGAAGUUGUGCUAUCCCCAGAAAAUGACCGUUUCUUUGCUGAAAACCUCUACGCAGAUUUUGGCAGCGUGGGUCAAAGUCUACGUGCUCUAGUGGAACGGUUUCAGGAAACAGCUAAAUCUCAUCAAAAAGUUGAAUCUAUUGACGACAUGAAGAAUUUUAUUGAGAAUUACCCUCACUUUAAGCAAAUGUCGGGAACGGUGUCAAAGCAUGUAGCAGUGGUUGGAGAGCUUGCUCGAUUGAAUGAAAAGUACCACUUGCUAGAAGUCUCAGAAUUAGAACAGGAUAUCGCAUGUCAUGCCAAUCAUUCUCAAAAUCUCCAGCGACUGAAGCAACUUAUAUCAAACAGCAAAAUACGGGAUGUUGAUGCCCUUCGACUUGUUCUUUUAUAUGCCCUAAAGUACGAAGCACAUUCCAACAAUGACAUAAUGGGAUUGGUGACCAAACUGAAAGCAAGGGGUAUUUCAGAGGAGAACAUAUCGUUGGUCAAAGCUUUACUAAAAUUCGGCGGUGUCAAGAAACGAAAGUCGGACUUGUUUGGAUCUGACCCAGUUGCACAAACCAAGCGAUUCAUCAAAGGGCUUCAAGGAGUAGAAAAUAUUUAUACUCAGCAUGUCCCAUGGAUGAAAAGUAUUAUUGAAGAUUUGCUGAAAGGGAAAGCCAAAGACCAGCUGCCAUAUUUCAACGCAUCUUCUGGAAGAAUGGGCAGUGGCAGUGCUCCUGUGGAUCCCACAUUUCGUCCAUCGGAAAUUAUUGUGUUUGUAAUCGGGGGUAUCACCUAUGAAGAAGCAUUAGCGAUCCACAACAUCAAUCGAGCUGAGAAUCGCCUCUGCGUUGUACUCGGUGGAACUUCGAUGCAAAACAUGAAAUCAUUUUUGGAAGAAAUUCGAAGUUCAAAAUCAAAGAAAAUUGAUCCACGAGCCGUUUAAGUCAUAUUUAAUGCAUUCUGCAAAAAGAAGCUAUCAAAAUUUUAAGCCUGUUCACUGCAACUUAUUGUUAGCCUCCUUAUAGUUUAUUGAUACAGAUAUGAACCCAAUAUUGAGAUACAAUAAUAUUCUUGCUUCAUCAGUAAUUAAUUCUACAUUGAAGCUUUAAUCCAUUUCAAUUAUUUAUAUUCUAAUCAAUAGGAUACGGAAAUAAAUUUGUUUGCCGUUACGAGAGA